AUGAAGGUUUCUGGCUUUUGUGCUGUGUUCUUGAUGGUUGUCAUUGUUUUUACCUUCUUUAGCUUUUCAGGUACCAUCACAAAUCCUUCUUGGUUUCCAGAUUUGGUUGGUACAAAAUGUGCUGAUGAAACAACACCAGGUGCAGUUAUCAGGAAACUGAAGGAAAAUGUCAAAAGCUGUACCGGCUAUCGCGUAAGUCUUGAAGAUUACAAUCCAGUUGAUCCAAUAUCGGGUGGAGAUCAAAAGGAUGUUAAACCAGAACCAAUUGAACAUGGAACUCCUCUUAUGCCAUUCAUACCAAAAUCUCCACCUCCUAAGCCUGCUCCUGGAGAUUAUUAUUAG